AUGAACUGGCUCAAGUCGACCCUCUCCGCGGCGGUGGGCACGCAGGAGCCUAUCUAUGGACCCGAGGCCAUUCAAUCUGUUGCUCAGCAGACUGCUGAGACUCCCUACACUGUCCUGACCAAGGACCACCUGCGAUGGAAGGCGUAUCAAUACACAAACGUGGAGACACAGACCUUCUACAUCAUGGCGGACAACGGGACCCUGGUCUUCGUCCAGGUGAUCUACAGCAACAUUGCUGGCAUUCACACCACCGCAGUCUUCAACACUAAGAUUUUCGACCUAAGCGGAGAGGGCAAGCACGUCUGGCACUCCGAUGCCCUCUCGAACUUCAUGUUCGACGACAAGAUGCUCUGCUUCGGCGCCGAUAACAUGACCAUCACCCUCAACGAGGAGGGCGAUGCUUACCACAUCAAGUCCACCGUGAACCCAGAUAGUGUCGUCGACCUUAAGUUCACCCGCAAGGCCCCCGGCUUCGUCAUCGGAAAAGACGGUACUUCAUACUUCGGAACCGACCCCAAGAAUCCCUGGGGAUCUAUGGUCCACUCCUUCUGGGGUCGUUGCUCCGUCGAGGGCUCCAUCACCACUAAGGAGAAGACCUACGACCUUGGCGGUCGCGGUGUGUUCAUCCCAGCUGUGCAAGGAAUGAAGCCUCACCACGCAGCCGCUCGCUGGAACUUCGUUAACUUCCAAACACCCACCUACUCCGGUAUCAUGAUGGAGUUCACCACUCCCCCCUCCUACGGCUCCACCAAGGUCAACGUCGGUGCUAUCCUGAAGGAUGAUGAGAUCGUCUACGCAGGCGUGAACAACACAGCAACCCACACCGGUUCCACAACCGACCCUGACAGCGAGUGGCCUGAACCCACCUCCAUCAAGUGGGAGUGGUCCGGCAAGACAGCCGAUGGCAAGGACUUAUCAGCCGAGGUGGACGGGUCUCUCGGCAAGCGUUUGGACCGAAUUGAUGUUAUGGGCGAAGUUCCCGGCUUCAUCAAGACCAUUGCCGGUAGCGUGGCUGGCACCCGACCAUACAUCUACCAGUUUGCUCCUAAUGAGAAGCUAUCGCUGAAGCUUAAUAUUGGAGGUGAAGAGAUUACUGAGGAGGGCUUCAUGUUCUCCGAGUCUACUUUCAUUUCUUAA